CUCCAACCGGGCGCGGCCUUUGUCCUCGAUGAUGGCACUAGGAGUGCGGUCGGAUACUUGCUUGGUUGUCCCAACACACGGAGAUUCGCAGCAAUGAUACAGGACCGACUUGUACCCAGCCUGGAUGCAACUCUUGACGUCCCACCGCCAAAACCAGGCUCUGACGAAGUCCCAUUUGCUGAUGAUCCGGCACUUUGGGCCCAACAGGAGCUGUACAAUAAUCUGUCAGACUCUAGUGUAGUCUGACUGCCCAGAGCUAUUGCAGAAUUAUCCUGCCCACCUUCAUAUCGACAUUCUCCCAGCCUACCAAGGCAAAGGCCACGGUCCUAAGUUACUUGAGGCUGGGGAGAAUGAGAUGAAGAGCUGGGCGUAAAGGGAUGCCAUUUGGGCAUGGACCCCGCAAACCAGGGCGCUGGACGAUUUUACGCACGGCAGGGCUGGAGGCGAUUCAAGGAACUGGUCAAUGGUGCUGUUAGUGGAGAACAAGCGAAAGAGAUGAGUGGAGGAGUAAUAUUGGUGAAGAGGGUCUGA